AUGUCGUCGUUCGACCAGCCGCUCCCGCCGUUCAAUGCCUCGGACCCGACCGCCUCGUUCCUGAGCACCUCGUGCCUCGACUUCCUGAUGAUCGAGCUGGUGCCCAUGGCGUACCGCGUCGCGAACGAGCUGGAUGCGCCGGAAGCCGGGGAGAGCGGCGGCGGCAGCGGCGAUGCAGGCACGGGGGGAACGGGGGCGCAUGCCAAGUUAGACGAGGAUGAGGAGCGGGACGCGGUGUUUUUUAGAUUGGAUGGGCUGGGGUAUAGAGUUGGCUUGGGACUCGUUGAGCGCUUCUCCCGCGACCGCCCGCGCUUCAACGACACGCUCGACGCCAUCAAGUUCGUGUGCAAGGACCUGUGGAUGCUCGUCUUCAAAAAGCAGGUCGACAACCUCAAGACCAACCACCGCGGCGUCUACGUCCUCACCGACAACCUCUUCCGCCCCCUCUCCCGCAUGAGCGCCGACCCCGCCGGCCACGCCGUCGUCAGGGCCCAGCCCUUCCUCUGGUUCCCCUGCGGCAUCAUCCGCGGCGCCCUCGCCGCCAUGGGCAUUGCCGCCACCGUCCAAGCAGAGACUAGCGAGCUUCCCGGCGCCGUCUUCCAGAUCAAGACCGCGCCUGUGAAGCAAUAG